GAGCUUGUAAAACACCCUGGAGAGAAAAUGGCGGCGGCAGCGGCUUCGGCGCCUCAGCAGCUCUCGGAUGAAGAGCUUUUCUCUCAGCUCCGCCGUUACGGCCUGUCUCCGGGCCCAGUGACGGAGAGCACCCGCCCUGUCUACCUCAAGAAGCUGAAGAAGCUUCGAGAGGAAGAGCAGCUGCAGCACCGGUCGGGGGGCCGCGGCAACAAGACGCGGAACAGUAAUAACAAUAACACGGCAGCCGCCACGGUCGCAGCCGCGGGACCGGCAGCGGCGGCGGCCGUGGGGAUGGGGGUACGGCCGGUCUCGGGCGACCUCUCCUAUUUACGGACCCCUGGGGGUCUGGGCCGAAUCUCGGCCUCGGGCCCGGAGAGCCUCCUGGGAGGGCCCGGGGGCGCCUCUGCCGCCCCCGCGGCUGGCAGCAAAGUGCUGCUGGGCUUCAGCUCCGACGAGUCGGACGUUGAAGCCAGUCCCCGGGACCAGGCCGGCGGCGGCGGGAGGAAAGACCGGGCUUCGCUCCAGUACCGCGGACUCAAAGCGCCACCGGCGCCCCUGGCCGCCAGCGAGGUGACUAACAGCAGCUCGGCCGAGCGAAGGAAGCCCCACUCAUGGUGGGGGGCCAGGAGGCCGGCGGGCUCUGAGCUGCAGACUCCGUCGGGGAAAGAUGGAGCAGUGGAGGACGAGGAAGGGGAGGGAGAGGACAGUGAAGAGAGGGACCCAGAGGCUGAGGAACCGCUGUGGGCCAGCCGGACCGUGAAUGGCAGCCGGCUCGUUCCCUACAGCUGCCGGGAAAACUAUUCAGAUUCGGAGGAAGAGGGGGAUGACGACGUGGCCUCCACCAGGCAGGUAUUUAAGGACGACACCCUUUCCCGGCAUCGGCCCAGACGGACCCAUAGUAAGCCUCUCUCUCCGCUGACUGCUAAAUCUGCCGGCAGCCGGCUGGAGACUUCAGUUCAGGGAGGGGGAGGACUUGCGAUGAAUGACAGGGCGGCGGCUGCCGGGAGUCUAGACAGGAGCCGAAACCUCGAAGAGGCGGCGGCGGCGGAGCAGGGAGGAGGGUGUGAUCUAGUGGACUCCAGCCCCAUUCCUAGAUACCGUGUUAAUGCUAAGAAACUGGCCCCUCUCCUGCCCCCACCACUUACUGACAUGGACUCAACCUUGGAUUCUUCAACAGGCUCCCUUCUUAAAACCAAUAAUCAUAUCGGUGGUGGGGCCUUCAGUGUGGACUCCCCCAGGAUUUAUUCCAACAGUCUCCCUCCCAGUGCGGCGGUGGCCGCCUCUAGUUCACUCAGGAUCAAUCAUGCCAAUCAUACGGGCUCCAAUCAUACCUACCUGAAAAACACAUACAGCAAGCCGAAGCUUUCCGAACCUGAAGAGGAACUUCUCCAGCAAUUUAAACGGGAAGAGGUGUCCCCAACGGGGAGUUUCAGUGCCCACUACUUGUCGAUGUUUCUCUUAACUGCUGCCUGCUUAUUUUUCCUAAUACUGGGACUGACUUACCUAGGAAUGAGAGGGACAGGAGUACCCGAGGAUGGAGGACUCAGCAUCAAAAAUCCCUUUUACUUAAAAAGUGGAGAAUCAUUUGGGAAAAAUCAGGAAAGUGAAAAAAAUAUUAUGAUGAGCACAUUAUACAAGCUUCAUGAUCGAUUGGCACAGCUUGCAGGAGAUCACGAAUGUGGCAGUUCUAGUCAAAGAACACUUUCUGUUGAAGAAGCAGCUGCAUAUUUAAAAGUAAGUGUAGUCAUGGUUUGUGUCGUUUUGCGCUACAUGAAAUAUCGCUGGACAAAAGAAGAAGAGGAAACAAGGCAGAUGUAUGAUAUGGUGGUAAAGAUUAUAGAUGUUUUACGCAGUCAUAAUGAAGCUUGCCAGGAAAAUAAGGAUUUACAGCCUUACAUGCCUAUUCCACAUGUGCGUGAUUCCUUAAUACAGCCUCAUGACAGGAAAAAAAUGAAGAAAGUCUGGGAGAGAGCUGUUGACUUCCUUGCUGCUAAUGAGUCUAGAGUUCGCACAGAAACACGAAGAAUAGGUGGUGCAGAUUUUCUUGUUUGGCGGUGGAUCCAGCCUUCUGCGUCCUGUGACAAAAUAUUAGUCAUACCUUCUAAAGUAUGGCAGGGUCAAGCAUUUCAUUUAGACAGAAGAAAUUCACCACCAAAUAGUUUGACACCGUGUCUAAAGAUUCGAAAUAUGUUUGAUCCAGUUAUGGAAAUAGGGGAUCAGUGGCAUUUGGCAAUUCAAGAGGCAAUUUUAGAAAAAUGCAGUGAUAAUGAUGGCAUUGUUCAUAUUGCAGUAGACAAAAAUUCACGUGAGGGUUGUGUAUACGUUAAAUGUCUGUCUCCAGAAUAUGCUGGAAAAGCUUUUAAGGCAUUGCAUGGCUCUUGGUUUGAUGGGAAAUUGGUAACAGUAAAAUAUUUACGACUAGAUAGAUAUCACCAUCGUUUUCCCCAAGCUCUUACUUGCAACACUCCCUUGAAGCCAUCAAAUAAGCAUAUGAACUCUAUGUCUCAUCUUCGUCUUCGGACUGGCCUAGCCAAUUCUCAAGGAGGUUCCUGAAAAGAUUUUCUUUCACUCCUAAGACUGUUAUUUACAAUAGGAAAAUUCCUGUUUGGCUUUUUGUCUUCCUUUUUAAAUGCUUUUUGUAUGUAAUAUUUUUAUUGAUGAAUACAGCUCUGUUUGAACGUUCCAGAAAUCUUAAGGUUCAAAAGGGAUUUAGCAGUGAGGCAGCAAUGCUGCAUAGGUAGAAUAAUUGUUUCAUUCAGUUUUUGGAGCUCAGUUAAGCCAGUGCAUUUAAAGUUUUGCAUGAGGAACACUGACUUUAUUAAGCAUUUUCAGAUAGGGUGGUUGUAUUUUUGCACCAAGAAGUGUUUGGAUAACCACACAAAAGCAUGGUGAAGAGGCUUCUUGUAUUUCCAUAAUUUCUUGUGAACUAAUGUUGUGAAUUUUUGUAUGCAGUCACCUGCAUAGUUCUUACACGCUAAUGUGGUAAAACUGUUAAUUUCCCAGUUUAACCUUAGGUUUCUUUUGCUUGUAAGAGAUUCAUUUGCUACAGCUGGAAUGUGGGAAAAUUAAUUUGGGUUUAGUGGUUACAUAUACGUGUCAGUGGAUGUACAUGUACUUAAACUGGCUUUUGUAUAUAUGUAUAAAUGCUGGUGGUGGUGAAAGUAGUCUUGUUUUGUGAGGAUGUCUGCAUUAAAGCAGUAAAAUAAGCUUUCUAUUUUAUUCAUUAUCUAAUGUGU